GCAUGCGCAGGAGGGAUCAAAUCAACGUCAACAAAAGCCGUAAUAAUGGUUGCAUUGUAGUACAGGUAAAAACAACAUUUGUACUCGCAUACAUUUCAGUGAGCCUGACGCUACGGCAGUGAUCAGGAUAUAUAGAUGAGAUCAUCAUACAGAUUUUCUGAAGAUGACAGACAAAAAAAUAGCACUGCGCGAACUGCAAGAUGAACGCACUUUCAAGAAAGUGAUGAAGCAGCUGUUCCGUCAGUUAGAUACAAACGGUAACGGAAGUCUUGGUGUAACGGAAGUUAUGACUGCCGCGCGCAUGCUUAAAAUGAAACCGACACGAGAAGAGGCUAUUGCAAUGAUAAAGAAAGUUGACAAAGACAAGAACGGAUGUAUAAGUUACCGGGAGUUUGAAACGAUGAUGGAAGAGUACGUGUCCCUCCUAGACUUCCAGGACCGAGAGCUGAGACAGGCCUUUUGUACCUUUGAUCGGGACGGAAACGGUUACCUGGACAAGGGGGAGCUGAAACAGGUUCUCAAGGGUAUGGGAGAAAAACUGUCCGACCAGGAGACGGAAGAGAUCUUCAGACUUGUCGAUGUCAACAGAGACGGGAAAAUUUCAAUAGAAGAGUUUGUGAGAGCACUGUCAGCCGAACCUCAUGCAUGAUACUGAGCGUCACGUGAUCAACUUCUGUACAUAUUGACCUUAGAAUGAUGGCAUCAUUCAUACAGUUGUCUAACAUUCUGGUACUACCGGGACGCCGUGUUAUUUAUUUUUUAUCAGUAUCACGUGCUUGGAACAACUUGAUUCUGUGAUACUAUUUUAUAUGAUUCUCCGUCAUUCGACACGUAUUUACAUUAUUGACUAUAUAUAAUCAGAUAUUGUUAUACAUCUGAACGUUUUCUGAUAUUUUUUACCUCAUGUAGCUAGCAAUUAUCGAAUUUCAAUAUAUUCUGUGAUUAUAUUUAAAUCGGUCACGAAAUGUAAUAUGACUAUCAUAAUAUUAUCAUAAUCCCACAUUUUUUAAUAAUCAAUAGUCUGAUAUAUUAAUAGAUUUUUCGUAAUUUAUUCUCCUUUUUUGAUAAAUCCUAGAUUAAAUACAACGUACAUGUUUUGUAUUCUUUAUUUAAGUUGAAAUUUCAUUUC